AUGACAGCCGACUCAGACACCGCCAUGGUCGAUAUCAGUACCCCCACGAUGGCCGCAACAUCAUCGUCUCCAUUCCAAAGGAUCCCUCUCGAAGUUCUUCUACGAAUUACUUACUUCCUCACCACUCCCGAGUUAGGCAAUGUCCGUCUGGCAUGUCGCUCAAUCGAGCAGGCUUUGUACACUACUUUUACCAAUGAGUUCUUCACCCGCAAGCAGUUUAUGAUCUCAGAAACCAGUCUACAGGCCUUGAUUGACAUUUCAAAGAGUCGACUCAGUCCACAUCUUCGCAAAGUUCAUUUUGGGCUUGAUAGAUUUGCACACGCGCUGCAAGUUCACGGUCACAAUGCUAGGACAGCGAGGCAGAUGGAGUUGUACAAUGGUCAGUUUUCUCUGUUGAGUACUGGGUACCACCGGGACAUGCUUGUGGAAGCGUUCAAGAACCUCGAGAAUCUUGAAGAUGUCGUCAUUCGCGACUUCAACUCGGUUCGUCGUACACGCGAUGGUCCAGGUAAGCAGUGGACAAGCUAUGGAUCAACUACGGCUUUGAGGGAGACUGGGACUCGUCCUGGCCAAAACAGUGGUAUGGCCUGGGGACCUGAUACGUCAACGGCCUACGGAAGCACGAUCUUCACAUCUGUACUUUUCGCCCUCGGACAGGCUGGUGCGAAGCCAAAGGGUAUUGAGCACAUGUCGCAUUCAAGGAAUCAUCUGCGAGACUGUGCCUUCAAUAUCCCUUCGUAUAUGGAAGCCUCGGUCACACCUGUUUUGGAGAAUCUUGAGAAACUACACAUCGACAUCGAUUUGCUCGGCGGUAGCGACUUUUCCAGUGACGAUGCUGCCGGCCAUUCAUCAACUGCGGAUAUGAUGCUUCGCAAGUUUCUCCUCAAGUUGAAGAAUGUCAAGCACCUGCGCAUCAACGAGACGCAUAGCAGCGUUACUGGUCCCGGUAUGCUUCUUGGGUGGCUAGGUCGCGAGAAUACCCCAUCGUCAACGCCUCCAGUAAAACCCGGACCGUCUUCUGCGCCUGGAUCACCUCUUGCGCCUCCUGAGCCAUCUCCGGAAUAUCACCAGUUGGAGGAGCUCAACUUUGGUAUGAUGAAUGUGGAAUCUCAGCACCUCCUUGCCGUUGCCCGAAAGUUUGCCCCUACGCUCAAAAGAUUGGAACUACACAAAGUCACUCUUCGACGACGCCUACCAGAUGGACACUCAGGCACUGCACCGAAAACCAGCUUCUGGAAUAAGUUUUUAGAGAAGCUCAAAGACAUUCCCAAUCUCGACUUGCACCACAUCAAAAUCAGUUUUCCACAACAACAAUGGGCUUCCAGACCAACACGCUCUUUUGUCACAUUUGAAGGCCAGAAAGAAAGUGUGAAACAGUACACUGGAACGGAUUGGAAGUACUUUGUUGGACACGAGUUGAUGCCCAAGAUCAAUGUGCAAUGGCCGAGUGAAGACAGCAGUGGAGAUGAUGAUGAUGAUGAUGACGGUAUUUGGGACCUAUAUGCGCUUGAUCUAUAA